UCUCCCAAUUUUCUCUGUUUUUCUGAGUGUUACUUUUGACAGCUACUGAAGCUAAGUGAAAGCUGAGCUGAAAUGGCUGGCCGUUACGAUCGCAACCCUCGCGAAGACGAUGAAGUUAAUCCUUUCGCCGGCACUGGGAGGGUUCCUCCUGCUACAAACUCCCCUGAUCCGGCUGGUUUCUAUAAUAAUGGCUCUGUUGAUAUUUCACUAGAUAGUGCUGCGGAUUUAAAACAAAAAGAGAAGGAGUUGCAGGGUAAAGAGGCUGAACUGAGUAGGAGGGAACAGGAGUUGAAGCGGAAAGCAGAUGCUGCUGGAAGAGCUGGUAUUGCUCUUGAGGAGAAGAACUGGCCACCGUUCUUCCCAAUAAUCCAUCAUGAUAUUGCCAAUGAAAUACCAAUUCAUCUACAAAGGCUGCAAUAUGUUGCUUUUACAACCUUGUUGGGGCUUUAUGCAUGUCUUUUAUGGAAUAUAAUAGCUGUCACUACUGCAUGGAUUAAAGAGGGAGAUGCAACAAUCUGGUUGCUUUCUAUCAUCUACUUCAUCUUAGGUGUCCCAGGAGCCUAUGUUCUAUGGUAUCGGACACUCUAUCGUGCUUUUAGGUCUGAAACUGCUUUUAGGUUUGGGUGGUUUUUCUUGUUUUAUUCACUUCACCUUGUAUUCUGCAUCUUUGCUGCAGUUGCUCCUCCAGUGGUUUUCAAAGGAAAGUCUCUAACAGGUAUCCUUCCUGCAAUAGAUCUUAUUGGCAAGCAAAUACUUGUUGGGGUUUUCUACUUCAUUGGUUUUGGGCUAUUUUGUUUCGAGUCGGUGCUUAGUGUUUGGGUUAUUCAGCAAGUAUACAUGUACUUCAGAGGCAGUGGUAAAGCUGCAGAGAUGAAACAGGCGGCUACAACAGGAGCAUUGAGGGCAGCAAUAUGAUAGUUUUGCACUGGGGACAAUCAUACUUAGUUUUCUGAGGGAAAUGAAGUUUUUAUAUUUUCAUAAUUGCAUAUUCUCUUGUGAUGAUGUGUGUUAGACUUUGAUCAAAACUGCUUUAAAGAACAAAACAGCAAUUAUACUUGCUGUAUUUGUGGAUAUGUUCAUUCAACUGAUUUGUGUUUUAUACA